CGGAGGGUCCCAUGCGAGGGAAAAUAAUGGCUUGAAAAACUAGACUAAACUCACUGAGUGCUGUGCAAAUGUGACCCACAAAACGGCAAAUGCAAGCUCUGUUAGACUGCGUUGACGAAAUAGCCCUAGAUGGCUUGGAUGGUAUGGAAAAAUGCAAUAUUUCAUGGCUUUCCUGUUUAUUGAGGAAGAGGCUUCCAGGCACUGGCUGCAGCCCCUGCUAAACUCUGUUUCUAUCAUAUCAGACAAGGAGUUAAUCCAAAUUAGAGUAUUUGGAUUUUGUCCUUUAGAAAUAUAAUAGACCAUUUAACAGUUGUGGGCUCAGUGCCCCAUGCAGCCUUUGAGUCAACGUGAGGCAAAGUUGACCUUGUUUUGAUACUGUUCAAAUCUCCUUUCCUUUCUUAUGGAAAUUAUGCUGAAAAUACUCGUCAGCAUAAGAACAACUUGAUUUACAUAUGCAUGCAUAUAUAAUAAAGGAGAAAGGGUUGUAUCAAAACAAGGUCAACUCUAGCCCCAUUUCCACCCGUAACUGUGCAAUGGACACCGACUAUUCUGAAACCAUAGUCCAAGCGAUGUUUAUUUAUAAUUUAUUAUGGCUUUCACCUUAGUCACCUGCUAAAACCAUGCUUGCUUGCUUGGCUAAUUUUUGUUGAUUUACCUAGUGCAUCCAAUGCUCAUUUGCUUGCUUAUGUGGAGUUGGUAAUAGUUGAGCUCAAACACACUGAAAGAAGUCUUUUACUGUGCUAGGCAAAAAAAGGCCAUCAUGUUUUCAUGAAUUGACCGAACAGAAAGUGGUGUUUUGAAGAUCUUUGCGGUCAGUUCUUGAAUCAUUUUCUUGGUUUUGGCACGGAAUUUUGAUGGUAAUGUCUGUGAGUUUGUUUUUUGUGGUGUGUUGAAUUUGAAAUAUAAUCAAAAAAUCAAGCCAUCACCUUAUGCCUCUAAAGUAUUGAUCUUUUCCUUUUGAUGGGUGCAUGUGGAAUAGAAAGAAGAAAAACAUGCACUCAAAUGAAUGUCCUUUCUCAUAUCCAAAUCAAGCAAGUUGCUUAUCAUUUUCAGUUUGACAAAGGCUUGCUUACUUACUUUCAAGGAGUUGCUUGAGCUUGGUUGCCUGGCCUCUUAAGCAAGCAUGCUUGGAGGUGGUCUCUAGUGAGGGUGACCAAGGGUUAGUCAAUUCCAAGACAGUUAGUGUAACCACCAGCCCUUCCAACCUCACUCCCAGAUGAGACAAUUGUUCAGGGCAUUUGUCAAGUACAGUAUUAUUUCACCAUGGCAUGUUUGUAAUCAAAGGUCUAGUUGCUAGUGGCACAUUUAUCCUUGUUAAACAUCCUAUUUUCUGCUUCUUUUAAAAAGGAAUACCUACUUUCUCUUCAUGUUUUCCACAAAGUUUUCUAAAUUCUAAAGUGGACCUAUGGUCUUCUUUAUGCAAAAGGAUGCUCUUCUCUCCAAACUCUUCUGCAGUGGCUUUGCUUAUAUUGUACCCUCUCUGCACUAGACUGUUGUUCAUAAAGGGUGGUAAUAUUUGGACAAAAUAUCAAAUCUCCUUAUUGCUUAUGUAUUCAUAUACCCUACAAAGGUAUAGGCUGUACAGUUAAACAAGUUUUCAAUUUACACAAAGCAAUGAAUUAUUGUUCUACAUGAUUCAGCAGCAUUAAGUGUACAAUACCAGUCAUGAUAAAUAUGACUAUACCUGACCAGAGGUCUGUUUUACUUUAUAUUCUUUCACUGGCUGCAAAUAUUUGAACAGAAUGGUUACACUGUAUUCAACUUUAUGCCUUGUUUUGGUCAAUGAACUCUUUGUUUAAAGGCCCAUGUUAACCCAAGCGGCUUUGCGUGCCUGUGUUUUUGUUUUGAAACGCUUCUUUUGUCAAAUUCAGUGUUUUGAUUAGGCAGAGUGUUCACUUUUUUCACACUUGGCCGAAGUGUGACUCCACACACACUGAAGAUGGCAAUUUUCAACUAAACGAAAUCGUUUUUCUGGAGUACAGGGUGCGCAAAGCCUCUUGGGUGAACAUGGGCCUUUAAAGACCAUGAGCCUGUUUUCAUUAUUGCCUAAUAUAACAGUAAUAUUAUACACCUUUUGAUAACCAUUUUUUGUAGGUUGCCCUAUACUGGAGCUGUGGAAGCAUCUAGAAGAAAAAACACCUCCAUUUUGCCUAAAGUUAGAUGACUCUGCAAAACGCUUUUUGUGGAAAGGCAUUGUCCAGACCAAAGAAGUGGAGUUUUUUGUUCUUGAUGAACCCUUGGCUCAUUUAUUUGAUCCUAAAUGUGAUAGUUCGAUUGACAAAAAAAUACUUAAUGCAAGCAAUCCUCUUGAUCAGGUAUUUAUCAGUGUUUUUGGUUUCAAAUGCAAGAAAAAAAGAAGAUGAUGAAAGUGGUGCAAUUUGUUAUAUUUGAGGGUGAAGCAUUCAAACAAAAAUCAAUUGCUAUAGUCGUUACUUUCAGGAACAAAAGUCACAUUAUUUCUCUGUUGGGGGAUUUCUUGCACAAUAAAAUAAAAUUUAAAGAUGAUAUGACUUUCAAGGGAUGUUUUUUCAGUUUCAAGGUCCUUUAAAAGACAGCAAUGAGUUUAAGUUGGUGUCAGAACAAGGCAUUAAAGGUUCAUGUCCUACCUACUCUGUACGUAAAAAUGUCACACAAGAGAUACGAAGUCAGGCCAAGUAUCUGGAUUUAGAAGCUGUUUAUCAGAGGUAAGCUUCCAAGUAUCGAAUUUGUUAAAGUCAAUUCUCAAUAGUAAUUUUAGCUUUAAGCUUUUAGCCUCUCUGAUGGGUGAAAUUUUAUGCUUGGCUGCUUUAGUUUAACUUGAACUACUUGCAAAAUAUGAUGUCAUGUCUUUACCUUGUUCGAUGCAUGUUUAAGAAAUGUAAAAUGUAAAAAUAAAAGUGUUCUAGAAGUUUUAAAAUCCUGGAAGUAUAUUUCGCUCUUUGAGCCUCAUCAGUCAAUAAAAUUUUAUUGACUGACGUGGCUCAAAGAGUGAAAUAUAUUUUGAGGAUCUUAAAACUUCUAGAACUUUUUUAUUGUUUCCAUUUUGCAUUUCUUAUACUUGUAUGAAAUGUGGUAAAGACGUGAUGUCUUAUUUUGCAAGUAGUUCAAGUUAUUCAAACACAUUCCUAGUUUCGGCAUUUACAAUUUCUCAAAAAUUCUUUAGUUUAGGUACAUACAUAUGUAAUUUAUUCAAGAUGCAUUAAAAUACAAUGGAACCUCUAUUUUGCAAAUUCCUUGGUAUAAUGAGUAAUUUUGUGUACCCCAGUAAUAGUAAAAGAUAUGAAAAAGAACAAUUAACAAAACAUCGUUAUACCAAACAAAUUUUGCCAGUUGCUUGGCCUUUCGUUAUAUCAAGGUUCCACUGUAUAUACAAGGUCUAACAGUUGAAAAAGGACAUCUUGAAAGGAAAGUUAUGAGGUAACUCCCCAAAAUAAUAGUCUACUUGAAUAAAUAAAAAGUUAUGAAUAAUUUAUCAUAAUAGCAACUACAAUAAUAGUAAAAGGCCAUUCUUAGUCAAGCAUUGUGAUAAAGUUUUAGCUUGGUUUUAAAUAAUUGAAGGCAGCUAUCAGCUUCUGCCUUCAACAAAUUGAAAGCCACAAAAGUCAAAAGGUAAAUUGGCAAAAUUAACUUAAAGGAAAGUGGAAAAAAAAGUUCAAAAUCUGUUCAAUAUCAUUAUUGCUUGAAAUAAUACUUCAUAUACCAAACUAAAGAAAGAACGUUUAGUGUUAUUAGUGGUGUUUUAGAAAGAUUAACAUACAGUGUUACAGUUAUGUAUGGAUUGUAAAGCACAUUCUUUAAAUUUGUAGUUGAAAUUGUAUGUUCUUUUAUGGCUAGGAGGCUUUGAAGGAGUAAUCUACUUUCACAAUUUAAAUCUUAUUGUUUUAAAAGUGGCAUUUGCCAAGUUUUUCAUUGUACUAAUAAUUUAUUUAACUUGUACAAUCAUGCAAAGUUCUAAAAUAAACAUACUGUGUCUUGAAAUAUACAAGCACUUUUCUAUAUACAUACAUACAUUUUUUUACAUACAUACAUACAUUUAUUGUUGUUCCCUAAAACGGCUUUUUAGCACCAAUAUUACGUGUAAAAAAGAAUAAUAAUCGUCAACUUUAUAUCAUGAAUGUAUAAUAAUUAAUAUGUUAACAUAAUAUCCUUAAAUAUUCUCUAAAAAUGCACCAUUUAAAUGUGUCUGAGUUAGUUAAUGUCAUCAGGUGCUUCCUUAAUCCAUUGCGGAUUUUAACCCUUCUUUAUAGGGAAAACAACGCUGACUAGUUUCUAAGCGACAACGAGGAAUAUUUAGGUUUUUUCCGGAUUGUGUUACGGUCUCAUUUGAAACUGGUCGCAUAAAUAAUUAUUUAUUUACAAGGUUGUUAAGGCAUUUAAACACCCUUUAUUUCUAAUCUAUCUUUUGGACCUUUGUUUUUCACAGAUGGGGAGACUGCCUUGUUAUGGUGGCUUGCCAAGAGCUCAGAGAGAAAACUCUUUUAGGAGUUGACAUUGAUCCUAAUGUACCAAUUGUUGACUUACAAUACUGUUUACUGGAACACAUUGGACAGGCAAGAUACAAUGGACGCAUGCAAAGAACAAUUGCCUCACAAUAUAUGAAAAUUGAUUCAAAAACAAUCUUUCAUCAUCUGAAAAAAUUACGGAAAUUACGUUUGAUUACUAUGCAGGUGAGUAUUAAGUAGUUGUUGUCACAGCUACAGUGGGUUCAAUAGACUUUUUGGGGGAAAUUUUCAUGCAGUUUUUAUCAAGAUAGUGAUGAAUUACUGUAAAAUAAUAGAACAAUAGAGUGUAUUCACAUGACGUCAUGGCAGCCAUAUUGGUGUUCCAAAACAAUGAAACAGCGGCCAUGUUGGUGUAACAAGAUAACCCUGUGGGAAUUGAACUCUUUUUUCAUGUAAAAACUUUCUUUUGUUCAUAUAAAUAGAGGCUGGCCACAUGAGUGAAUAUGUUGUACAAUGUCUUUGCAUGCAUAAACACUUUUGUUGAUUACAACUUACUGCAGACAUCAGUACAUAAAAAACAGCCACACUUUGCUAAUGCAUAGUACUUCCCCAAACACACUGCAUACUGUACCUUCCUUUUAAAGUUACACCCUUUGUAGUCCACACUUUGGUUUGGCUGUACUGUACACUCAGUACUAAUAUACAACUUUAGGAUCACAUCUGCUAUUUUACAGAGAGGUGAAGUGUAAGUGCUUCUUUGGCAGCCAUUAUCUCAUUAACCAGUGAAACAAGUGUUUUAUUUUUAGCAUCUAGUGACAGAUUGUCUCUAUAACAGUCUGCUAUUAAAAAUGUUUGUACAGUGUACUUGAAUGUCAGAAUAUGUAAAUUUAUUUAAGUCAAUUUCUUAUAGCAAAAUGGCUGAAUUAUGUCUAUAACAUAUAAUUUUAACAAAAAUACUUAGGAAUAAGAGAUCUAAAAAUAAUUGUUUUUAUUGAUAUCAGCUUGUUUAAGUUUAUCCUGAAUUUCAGACGAUUACUUUGAGUUGUUUUUUCCUCUCAGCAACUUCUGAAUAGACAAGAUAUCCAAAGAAAUGUUUUACCAAAAUUAAUUUUGUAGAAGUUUGCAUGGAGUCACCAUGCUGGUUUCCAUCUGGAUGGGCACCAACAUGGCAGACAGAAACCAACAGAAACAAUCAUCUGUUAUAGCGUUUGGUUACAAAAGUGUGAAUUUAUUCUUCGAGGAACACAUAAACAUGAAAGUAAUAUUUAUCCUAAAAUGUGAACUGUUUAGAUACAUGUAGCAAAUUCCUUGAAAAAAGUCACUUUUUUAACCUGUAUGACAGCUUCUCUCAGUCAUUCAUGUAAAUGCUGCAUCAUGCAAAAGCUUAGAAAUUCAAGCGUACUCUACCACAAAUCAAAGAACCCAUUUCAAAGUGAAAAUUUGUAUGAAAAUUAGUUUUCACCUGCUCUAAUAUACAUCAUGAAAGAAAAAUCCCAGUAGGAUUGAUAGUUUUUUAGUUUGAAUUUUACUUGUUGUUAUGUGAAAACCAACGGUAGGUAACAUAUAGUUUAAGUAUAAAAAUUUUACUUAAAACUUUCCUGUUGCAGCAACUUGUAAUUACUACAUCUGAUCAAAGCAAACCACCUCUAAAGCUAGGCGUGAGAAACUUUACCACUAACAUAGUCAGACUAAAGAGAUUUCAUGUGCAACAACACCACAAAUAUGAUGUGCUGGCAGCCAACCUCUGCCAGCUAUUACUAGAUUCACCAAACCAGGAAUUACCACUUAUGGAUGUGCUCAAACUCUUGGUAAGCAAUUAUCAAUUAUUUGCUUUACUGUCAUGCUCUCCAGUUUACAUUAUUUACUUUUCAAGUAUGAAAACAAUCAAUGCUUAAUGACUGGUUCUGCAGAGAUCACCCCCACAGCUACUCCCAAAAUUCCGUGAUUAAGUUAUUUAACACACUCAGCACUAAGCUGAUUCUCAAUUUCCUUUGUCUUGAGGCCCUAGGCCAAGAGCUAAGAGACAAAGAAAAUUGGGAAUCAACCUAGGUCAAAAAAUUUUAUUACUUCGGCAGAGGUCACAAAUGAAAAUCUUUACACAUUUGUGGUAAAGCUGAAGAUUAUUAUGUUAGUGCCAAGUGAUUUUUGGUAAUAAUUAUCCCCUGCUGUACAGUGUAAGUAAUAGGCUGUCAAUACAGCACUUAUGUAAUAAGCAGAUUCAAUUCAUCUUGUUAAUUUACAGAGUGAGUCUAAGAGCAUGAUUAAGAGAGUAAGGACAUUUCUGCAGCAAGCAGGAUACGUGGUUGAAUCAGACAAAAGUGGAGGGACAGGUGAUUCAGGCAACAAUGAAAGCCCUCCGGAGAAAAAGAAGAAGAAAAAGGAGCCAGGGACUGUCACAACAGGCAUUAAAUUGAAGCUUGUUAAACCAUUUGUGCUAAAGAGUGCUAGCAUUUGGCAUCCUAGUGGUGACGAGGAGGAAGAUUAUGGUGAUGGGGAAGAUGAUGAUGAUAAUGAUGAUGAUGAUGAUUUUGAUGAUGAUUCUAUCAGAAACCAUGAUAAUGAUGAUGGUAUGCUACACUGGUUAUGCCUCAUAGUAAAGCUUUGUCAGUCUUUUAUAUCUUGUCAAUAAUCCAAAUUUAAAAUUGAUUGGCUACUUGUGAAAUAUUUGAUAAUAUGUUAGCCCUUUUAUUGCAGUUUUUUUUUAUUUCCUAGUUUCCCCAUUCUGUAGCCAAACAAUGACAUAUGUGGCUCAAAUAAUCAUUAUUUGACUAUGUAUAAUAAUAAUUAUUGCCUGUAUUAAAGGCUACCUUUUUCUGCUCAAUGUAGAUUAUAAUUCAAAUCUUGUUGCUGAGAAGCCUUUGUUGAACCAAGUGUAUAAUGUCAUCUGGCAGGCAGGAUCCCGUGGCUGUACUCUUAAGGUGGGUUUGUUCAGGCAUUGGAAACAUUAAAGGAUAACCUUGCCACUCGUCAUCUAACAGAAGGACAAAACAACUUACUGUUGAAGACUUUUUAACUGCUAAAGUAUUGUUAAAUGGGUAACCAAUCAACAAUACCCAUAUAUUCUCAGUGGACUCAGUUAAAAUAUAUGUCACAGGUCAAAAUGAAAUUCAGGUUAAUUUUUUUCAAUUGAGGUUGAUUCUCAAUUUCCUUUGUCUUGAGGCCCUAGGCCAAGAGCUAAGAGACAAAGAAAAUUGGGAAUCAACCUAGGUCAAAAAAUUUUAUUACUUCGGCGGAGCGCAAAGUAAAGGAUUCGCGACGCCCAGGAAUGUAUCAAAGUUACAAUUUUUUGACAAGAUUGGGCAUGCAAAGUCUGUAGGUUUUCGGUUUUAUUGGGCUAUUUGACGAAGUGAGAGCCGAAUUAGUCCGAGAUAUCUCGAGAUCACUUCGAUUUCUUUGAUUUAUUCUCAGUUUAACUUUUUCGAGGAAGAAAGAAUUAUUAUUUUGGCUUUCCGGGGGUUUGGACCGACUCACCUGUGUGACCCGUCAGAUCAGAGGAGACUCUAAGUUGAGGGAUUAGCCGAUUGCGCUACUGCGACCCAAGGUAGUUCGGGAUAUGAAAAAUAGUUAUGAAAUUAUGCACUAGUUUCGGGACAAGAUUGGGUGUGCAAGUUCGCGACUUUUCGGCUUGUGUCGGUUAUUUCAUGAAAUGAAACCGGACUACUUUGUGAUAUCUUGAAAUCACUUCGAGUUUAGUCUUUAAUUUACUCAAUAAAUAGAGGAUAUUAAGUGGCUGCGCAGAGACACGAAAUUUCUCUUCGAGUGUCGAAAAAAAAAUUUCACGAGUGACCCCUUCUUUCGAACUACUUUAUGAUGAAUUUAAAGUUACAAAAUGCUGCUCAAAGACAUGUUGUCUUUAUUGAGUGUUACGUAGUAAAAUUGCUUUCAUGCGUUGCAUGACUUUCUCGAACGUUCUCUACUUUUUUGGAUUAUUCAUGAAUAAUUGAUUAGGGCAUGUUUACAUUUCAGCAUUAGUCAGCAGAUUUGCAUCAGUUACUGAAAUCAUAAAAUAUGUCGAAAAGCUACUACUAUUCGCCCGUUUAGUAUUUUCUAGAACCUUAUGUCAAAUGGUAUACAAGUUCCAAGCGAGGUCUUUUGACAAAAUAAGUUUUUUUCCCACGAGUUGGACUGCUGUGUUUAGUCAAGUGUGACGAAGGCCGAUUUUCAAGUUCUGUGUUUACAAGUUGGCAGAAGCCGUAAGAUAUCUGAAGUUCAAGUGAGAGUUUGUUAGUAUUGGUAGAGGCUGUUUAGUUGUACUUAAGUUCAAGUCAAGUUUGUGUUGGCGGAUGCUGUGUUUUAAAGCUCUGAAAAGGCUAUGUUCCUUUGGUAUUAAACUUCCUUGAGUUAAUCUGACAUCCCUGCGUGCUGAUAGUCAGUGAAUAAUUAUCCUCAAAACAUUCGACCUCGUAACAGCCAAUUCCAUGCUCAAUGUAAUUGACUCCUUACCCAUGCCUUAUAUAUCUUUAAUCAGUGCAUGAGACUGCUAUGCUGUUUUUGAAGCCUGAUGUGACUAAGAAAAAUAGAGAAUUCUUUUUUCACUGUUUGUUUUGUUAGACUUGUUAUUCACUGCCAGUAACCUCAUAUUUGACUCACGUCUAAACGUUUAGACCCAAGUCAAAUUUAGAAGGAUUUGUAUGGAGUCAUCAGGGCAUUACUGGGCUAAUAUCUCAGCGACAAUUUGUCCCGAAAUGCUAGUUUUUGGAAAGUAGGCCUCCUGGAUGUUGCCCUUUUCAGAAUACCCUGACAAAUCUCAUAAUUUCACAAAUUAACACCUCACUCUUACCAUAUUUCAUUUCUUACUAUUCCUCGGCAUUUACAAUUAAUCAGUUCCACAACCACGAUGCCGAAGUGUACGCUCCUUAACAUCUUGUUCUGAAUUUCAUUUUGACCUGUAACAUAUACAUAUUCAUUCAUACUUUGUGAUGUGAACAUUGCAGAAAAUGUUCAUGUGUUUAGGGAGCAUUACGGUACUUAUGGUCUGCUUGUGAAUAAACCAAUUUAUGAGAUCACAAUGUUCAUAGUGUGUGACAUUAUGUUGCCUCGGACGGUUUGGAUGGUCCACCUGAGCUUUAUCUCAUUUUGCUCUUUUUGCAGAAAAUCCAAAGCCUGUGUAGGCUUCCAUUUUUUGAUGUCAGGCUUUUUGUCAAAAAACUAAAGUCUAAAAACUUAGUGCAAGAAGUUUUUGAAGACAUUGCCAAAAUAAGAGUUGUAUGGUAAGUGUUGCCUGACUUGCGUGCAUUACUUUUUGUACCAUGAGAGUAAGAUUUAUACAGUACAGCACAGCACAGCGUACACCUCUUUGCUUGUUCAAAAGAGACAUUAAUGUCUGUUUUGUGAUAUAUUUAUCCAAGGGUCCCAUGGACACUUUGACUUUGCAAACAGCAUCUUCUUUGUCAACAUAUUGUUUGGACAAUAAACAGCAUCCCCAUGCAUUCAUCUGAUUGCUUAAUGAAAUGAAGGACAACAAUAAAACAUCCAAUAAUACUUGGACGAUGACUUGCAUGUUCACUUCGUUUGUUUCAGGUGUUAAAUAAUAUUCUGUUUUUACUGAUAUGUCAAGGUUUGUGGCAACUCCAUUUGUAGAAAGCAAUACUCAGACAGUGAAAGUAAAACAAGUACAAGAUCAGCUAAAGCAUAUAGAAACAAGGGCUUUGGAUCAGACACACGACCAACAAGGAUUAAUAUCAAAAGAAAUAUCCCAACCAUCACCCAGUGGCCACCCUCCAGCUACAGCUUCUGGUUUGUCAUUUUAUUUUCAUUUUUUCUCCCUCUUUUUUUUUUUUUCAUUAUUUUUUGAUCAGCAGCACAGAAUUUCAUAUGGAACAGUUGCAAUGCACAUGUCUUUUCUCGUAAAUAAGACAGUUACAAUGUUCCCUGCUAACAUUACUCUUAGAUACAAAAAUGAAAAGGAAAAUAUAUCAGUGUGUGUUUUGCAAAGUAUUGAGCACGAUGUUAGUGACCAUUAUUUUUUAAAUUUGUAUAUAUUUGGUGGUAGUCCAUAAAUGGUGGUUUAGUCAGCUACAUUAAACUAAAAUUUUGCGACGUUUUUUAGUUGUAAAAAUACUAUAAUAAUUUUUAAGGCAAUCUUACACUUACCUUUUUAUAGCAUGCCUUGAUGUAUAUUAUAUUUAACAAAUAAUAAUUUUCUCACCAGAUUUACUGGAUGUUAGAGAAAGAAAACCAGUAAAGGGUAAAUCUCUGCUAGGUAGGAGUGAUUAAGUUUGUCUUACAUUAUAAUGUAGCCCCAGAGCUAAGUAAAUCUAUCCAUCCUAGAAAAUUUGGUAAUCACCUGACUGUACACCAACUGCCUGACCAACCGACUGACUGUCCGAUCGACCGUCCGUCUGCACCACAGGGAAGCCAAUGUUUAAUCUCAUACUUUCUAGCUAGUUUGGGAGCCCAGGUGCAACCUGAUAUUGUCCAUCCAUAUUGUGAUCAACUGGCAGCUGUCAAAACAGGGUAUAUGCUGAACAGUAUCACCUGACCUAAUCACAGGCUCAGGUAUCUACCCAUCAAGGUCAAGUAUUUUCUUGAAGUCAUAUCUGCCGACAAGUUACUAGUCUUAAAAUGAUCGCAGGCUCAAGUUCAAUUUGUUUUAAUGCAUAGGAAAUAAGUGGUGUUUAUGAGCUGCACUGGUAAAAUUUUGAUUUCAAACUGGCCUUGGACACAAAAGUUCAGCCAGCUAUAACAGGCAGGAAGGCAGUUGCUUUUGAAAUUUCUUACCAUGGUUUCCAUCAGACUUUUACGCUCUGAUUGGUCAAAGUUUAACAGGUGAGUUCAUUCACAAAAUAUAUGCAGUAUCUGGAAACUUGUUUACUGACAGAUAAGGCUGACAGAGGUUUGGGUCAUCUUGUGAUCCGUUUUUAUCUGUCUUUUUCCACUGGAUGUACAAAGUGAAAUGCAGCUGCUAUCAAGAUUCUGCUGUUGUUCAUGGCUGGUUUGUUUAUUGGCUUUUUGGUUGGGAAAUGUGCCGCUUGUCAAAGUCAUCAGAAAUGCGAUUUCGGAUGGCAUCGUUUUCAUUUUUCACUUUGCUUGCACAACUCACAGCUCGCACAAAUUUGGCGCUUGUCAAAAGUGAGAACUGGAUGUCCAUAUAGGUAAUAUCAUGCCACAUAGGAGCAGAUUGUUCUGACUGAACAGUCCUGACAUGAAAACGUUUUAUAAGGUGGUACUCAAUUCUAUAACUUUUUGUGCAAAGGAAGUGCAUGCUCCAAUUGUCCUGCCUAUUGAAUGAGUGCAAUUGGUCUUGUAAAAUGGUGAAAAACUGCAUUCUGUCCGGGGUCUGCCUCAUAGUACUGUACUGUACUCGGAUGUGAUGGAUGAAAAGUAUACUAGCACUAGCCGUUGGCUAGGAAGUGCGGGCAAAACUGCUUUCAUAUGUAGGUGAAUGCCUUUCACUGUGCAUCAUGGAAACUGGAUUGAACAACACAGUAAACGAGACUCGUAUAAUUACUUAAUUUAACAGUUUUAUUUGCAGUUGAUUAGAUACAAUAAUAGCCUGCAAUAUUUCUGAAGUGAUCAGCGAGGAAAGGCAUUUGUAUUUGAUUCACCGGCAAAGAUACAUUGAAACAGUAAUGCGUGACACAAGUAAUGCGGGUAUACAGUUAUGCACAAAGUCUUGUUAUUCUGAAUAACAAAUUUUUAGUGAAAGCAAUGUUAAUUUUCAUCAUUCAUAAGUCUUAAACAAGGUUCUUUCAGGAACUGUGAUAUUAGUUUUAUUAGUUCUUGGUCUCAGUGGUUCUAUAAAUAUAUGUUAACAUUAAUUUCCAGGAAGAUGUAAAUGCUCAUAUGAUCUAUAUUACUGGUUGUUUACAAUAAACAUUUGUUAUUACCAACACAUUUUAGCUACUGUGUGUAAAUGAUUUUCAGAAUUCUGAAUGACUUACAUUUUUUGAUAGCAAAAAUGACUCCUUGAAAGUCAAAUCUAAGUCCUUAAAUACGCCUUAAAAAGUCCUUAAAUUUAACUCUAAAAUUCCUGCACGAACCCUGAUUCAAUUGAAUACUCAAUCCAUGUUCAAUGACCAAAGGCCGUUGAUAUGCGAUAUAAUGAAACAGCUUAAAUUACCACUGGAGUUUAAGCCUUAUUAAAGCUUUCACAUGGCAGGUGACCUAACAUGCUUGAAAACAAAUAAAAAUAUAAAAACCCUAAGAAACCAUGCACCGUAGUGAAACCUGAAUGAACAUUAUACUUUACAUCGAUUUCUAGAAUUUGCUAGCACUCGUAUCUCACCAAAAACUUAUCCCACACUAAGCUGAGAUCAGGCUCUACUUUUAUUUUUCUGGGUAAAAAGAUUCUAGGCUAGCAAGGCGAAUCAAAAAGUCUCCCAUUUAGUGUAAAACUUGUGUACCUGAAUUACCUGUGCUAGCAAAUCGAAUGUGUAAUAAUGAUUGUUGCAACACUAUAAAAAAUAUAUAUAUACUACUAAUACUAAUAUAAAAUAUUAGUAGCUGGCCAAUCUUAGGUGAAAGCCAGUUGCCUUCUACUUAUGUUAAACCCUGAUAAGUGAGUAUUUUUGCAUCAUGACAUGCAGAAACAUAACGAUCAUGUCAUGUAUCUGUUUAUUAUCAUUAUGAUAAUAGAUAUUGCUUUAAGUCUGUGAUAGUCUGACCUGAGACUUUUUACGGAAUAUAUGACUGUACAAAAAAUUUAUUGCUUAACUAACGUUACAACAUAGAUGUGUGAUUUAAUUUCAAGAAAAAGCACAAAAAUAUAAUGACAUCGCAGAUUUACUAAAACUCACUUCUUUUUCCUUUGUAUUGUUUUGUUUGAAGGUGAAAGAGUGACUUACAGGAAACUUAAAAGAAGACAAAUGGUAUUGGAGUACAUGCAGAGCACAAAAGUGGUUGAAGGAGCAUUUCCAAUUCAAAAGGUAAUCUACAUGUAGCUUAAUCUAAACUACUGAAGGAAUAUUGUUUGUUAUUGUUGUAGUUGCACUGUUCAGUAUCUGUAAUUAGUGUUAUCCAGUGUGGAGGUAGUUUUUGGCCUUGUUUUGUGGUUUUACUUAACCAAUGCUUUGUUACCAACUAGCAGCUGUUGCCUCAGACAUGGUGUUGGACUCUCUUUACUUGCUUGUCAACUGUUACUGCAGUGUACAGCUUUAAUUAAUGUUAUGUUAUUAUAAUUGUGAAUAAUAAAAUAACAUAAUAGUAAUGAUGGCUACUGAAAAUUUGAUGUGAUAAAGUAACACCUAUGAAGAUCGUUUAAUUAAUAUUUUGUUAUUUAUUAUAAAAUUUUUGUCUUAAGGCUGUGAUGGCAGGAGAACAAGAAGAAGGGCUGGAAGGAAAAAUAGAUAGAAAAGGCCUUCUCAGGUAUAAUAUUAUCUAAUAUGAGUCUAAGAGGAAUCAUCCAGUCAAGCAAAUGAAUCAAAUAACUGCUUUGGAAAGAUUGAAGUAUAAACACUGAAUUGUUUAAUAUUUUAGGAUCCUUGAUGAUCUCAUCAGUGAAGGGUUAAUGAGACAACUUAAGACUGUCAUAAAUCAUGGCACUGCUUCACAAGUGGUAAGGUGGCAAGCUAGAAAGAGUGAUUCUUGUUAUUAAAUAAGGAUAUUGAUGAUCACUAUCUUAACCCCAUAUAGCGACUAUGCUAUUAAUGUUAAAUACCAAGAAUGAUUAGGUUAUAAUAUGGGUCAAGGGAAACCAGGUGAUCACCACUGGGGGAGACUAGCUACCUCAUUGUAGUCUGCAAAUAAAUAUUAACAGUUGCCUGUGAGAAUAUCAUGACCUAGCUUAAGGAGACAGGGCUAAAUAUAAUGGGAUACAUAACACUCAAUGACGGGGCAUAGAACUCUUCAUCAGAGUAUUAUGUUACCAGUUUUUUAUCUGAUUAUAUUUGAUUACCUUUGAUUAUAUUUACAUAGAUAUUGCACUCCAUAAAUUUUUGGAUUAAAUUAAUUAGUUAUCUCAGGGAAAACUUAUCAGAAUAAAUGAAAUCAGAUCAGUGUGGUGUAUAGCAUUUGUUUCUUGUAUUCUGCUGGAAAUCUGAUUCUUGCAGCAUCUUGAAUGUUAAAGCCAGUUGUGUUUUGUGUUCAGUUCAGUUCAGUUUAUUGUUUUGCCAAAAGUUGUACAAAGAGAAGAAAAUCUACAAUAUUUAAAAAGCUAUUGGCAAGGAAGCCCAAGGAAAACCACCGGGCUUAUAAGGAAUGGGCUCCCUCCCAGUUUAAAACAAAAACGUUCCUUUUCAGUGGAUGGCUUGACUCCAACAGCACGAUAAUAACUGGAUGUUAAUUACAGUAAAAACCCGCGAGUAAGAACCUGAAAAUUAAGAACCUGUUAGCCUAGAAUUUGCCAUUUAUACCCCCUAUAAACAAGAACCUGUUUAGCCUAGAAAAUGAAAAACAGGUUCUUAUUUUUUAAAAUCAUGUAAGUGAAAUGCAGCUGCAAAGCUGUGCAAAAAUCCUGUUUGGAGAAAUAGGAACUUGGCAUUGCUGUGCAAAUAAAAGGGCUAAUUUAUUGAUGUAAUUAAAAAAUGUAGUGCAAGAGGUUAAUAAUGUUGUAUCGCAUUUUGUAAUACUAUACAUCAAUAAAACACAGCAAUAAAUCAGCAUAUUAUGCAGUCUUAGGUACAGUGGUAAGCGAACAAUAUAAAGAGGAUCCCUCUUUGAUCUUAGAGGUAGUUUCUCUGUCAACCUCAAAGUUUUUGUUACAGUUAAGGCUAGGCAGCGAGGCAAAAUAUGUAAAUGUGUAUGUUAUUGUUCUUGAGGGUGGUGGUGCUGGUGUUGGAGGGGGGUGGGGAUGAUUGAAAAAUAGGCUGAUUACCAUCUUGUUUUGUAGCUUUUUUUUUUUUUUACAGAAAUAAGAACCUACCGGUAUUUAAGAUUCUAAAUAGCCUAAAAUUGUGUUAACUACCAUUUAAAUUAGAAUCUGUUUAGGCUAACUCCAGAAAAGGUCGGUUCAUACGCGCAGGUUUUUACUGCAUAGUGCAACUACUGUAACCAGGGCCACUUAGACAAAGUUGACCAAUGGGAUUACGGGAAAAUAACAAUACAGUCCAAGAAAGUUGGUCAUGGGCCAAUCAGCCACUCGUUAAAGCACAAAGUGUUACUUAAAGCACAAAAUUUAAAUUAUUGACAGCAAAAUAAUGUUUUUCAAGAGGGCAAAAUGUUUCACCAAAAAACGUUUUUCUAUUCGAAACUUUAUGUAAAUUUUAACACCCAGGAGACAUUUUUGUUUGGCACAAGCUGCUAUUUUAUCAUCUACCAGCAAUUUCAUUGCUACCAGCUGUGCUUUGCAUUAACAUCAUGACCUCAAGUAAAAAAUUAACUAACAUUUACAUUGUUUGUCUGCAUCGUUCACUCUAUCGGACCUCUCAGGAAACUUGAACUUUCUUCAGUAGGUUCAAAAGGUCACAUAGGUUGUAAUUGGUUGAUUUCAAUGCAUGUUGGUUAUUUCGAUUACAAUUGACGACUAACUUUCUCGGAAUGUAUAUUAUUUUCCUGUAAUCUGAUCGGUCAACUUUGUCUAGGUGGCCCCGGUUAUAGUAGGCACACUGUAAUACAUAACAUUACUUUUAAUUGCAGGCAGAACUUUACUUGCACCCAUCUGUGAGUAAUGGUGAUUCAGCAGUGUUAAAAGCCUUGGAACAGUGCCGUGCUCGGCUAAGAGAUGAAUCAUUCAGAAUGGCAGAGGUCAGUCACAGUUUCUUGUCAUCAAAGGUUAUGGAAGUUUCAAUAGUUUACAGUUUGGGGGCAGUGGAAUCUGCCUGAAUGUGUUACACUUGUAAUAUAAAAAUAAUAAAAAAGUAGUACACAAAAUUAAUCAUUUGCACUGGUUAUAAUAUAUAUGAAAAAGGACAAGCAUCACGUUCCUGUAGAGAGGAUUGUAAAUUAGACUGCUUGCAGUCGGUCUUUUCUCUUAAAAUCCCUCUAGUUCUUAUCUCAUCCAGCACGAUUGCAAACCACGACUUUAUUAUUACAAUUGAGACGAGAUGAGAAAAGACGGACUGCUGACUCUUUUGUAGUAAACAAACCCUCUGUCAGCCCAGAAACAGAGUAACUGAUUGGGCAAUUGCACAGCUGUUGACAGAGCAUUAACUGGUCUGUGGUGAGAUUGCAAACAAUAAAUAUAGUCACGUGUUACAACCAACUGCAAACAAUAGUGAACCAAGCAGUAAUCUCAGUAAUAAAACUUUUAAGGAUAUCUUACAGAAGGAAACUGGUGUAAAUUUCCUCAAGAGAAACGAAUUCAAGGCAAUGCUACCGGAUUUAAAGAAAGUGUAAUUUUUUCAGUUGUUUAUGUUCUAUUUAUAAAUCGUUUCAAGUUACUCGGGUUUAACUGAUUAAUUAAAUUACCUUGACAGCUUUGUUGUCCCCAGACACAACAAAAGAGUCAGCAGUCUCUUAUUUUUUCUUCUCGGGCUUAUGCCCUCGUUUCUCACGGCUCGCGUGCUUAGGUUUCGCAUGCAGUAAAAUUGCAAAGAAAAACAAGAGACUGCUCGCAGUCUAGUUUUAAAUUUUUUGUAUCAUUGGAAGUCAACUGAUGUUAUGUAAACUUAAGAAAUGCAGACUACUUAUAUGGACAGCAAAGGAGUAGAUCCAAGUGUGUGUCCAGAUUGCAGAGUAACAUGUCCUUAGGGUGGAGGUACACAGUUUGAUAUCUUUGAGGACAAAACUGGCUGCCCAUAAAAAAGAGUCUGCACACAUGAUGUCAGCCUAAUGGAGGAUUCUUCCAUAUAGGUUACACUUCUCAGCUAUUACUAGCCAUUUUUUUAGUUCUUGCUUUCUCCUUUUUUUUUAGACAUCUUAGUUAUGCAGACACUUGGGCUUGUUCUUGAGAUGUCUCUCUGGGAAGUGUUACUGUACUUUUUCUCUACUGUGUAUUACCAUUGAUAUUAUUUCCUAUCAUUAUACUGACCGACAUAUGCAUGACAUAUACUGUUACUUACCUUCUUGUUAAAUUCAACAAAUAGAGAGAAGAAAAAGCAAGGCAAAAUGAAGAGAGAAAACGUGAACAACAGUUAAGAGCAGCAAAAGCAGCUGAGGAAAAAGAGAAAAAGAAAGCUGAAAAAGAGGAAAGGGAAGUUCAAAAGAAAAUAGCACAGAAACGUGAGAAGGUACAGAUCAAAGGAAGUAUUAAUUUAUUUUUAAGUAGUCUGGUAGCUAUGUGAUAAAGUUUCUGUAACUUUUCAUGUGGAGAAAAUUAAUCUUUUUCAGGUUCCUUCUUUUAAGUAUGGCUUUCUCCCACGAUAUCCCAGAAUUCAAAUUCUGCAUGAACUGAUAUGGAAACUUGUUUAUGGUAAUGGUACUAACCAAAAGAUGUCAAGUACAGUUGAAAAUAGUCAAGUGGAAGGAAACUUUAGUGAAAAUGAUGAGUGCUUGAAGAACUUAAAACCCAUGGAAAAAGUGCUUGAUGAAUACGGCAAGCCUCUCCAGGGCUGGUUUCGUUUUUGUGACGUUUUUUCAGUGAUGCCUUUGGUGAUAAUUUGCAAAACAGUUGACAUCACUGACGAGGUAGGUGUAGGUAAUCUUGUCAUUUAUUAUUCAUUUGUUGCACAAAAGACUUGCGUUUCUGGGCACAGUAUUUGGGGCCCCUGCAGUGAGUACUCCUUCAACUCAGGGCUCAAAAUAAUGGCUGGUCAAUGGACAAUGUCCAGCCAGAAUCAUGGUAACUUGUCCAGUUCAAAACUUCACUUGCUGUUCAUGUUGACUGAUCAUGCUCUUUAUCAUUCUUGAACAAACAGUCAAAUCCAUACCUGUAAAUCUUGGUUUUUUUUGUCUCUUUGUAAAAAUAAAAAUAGAAAAUUACACAAGGAUUAGUUAACGUUUUUUGCCAAUGUUUUGACCGGUCAGAAACAAGCCUUGACCAAGCAAAAACUUCUUUGGCUGGUCAUUGUGUCUGGCCUUCAUCCAAAAAUUAUUUUGAGCCCUUCAACGUGAUUUAUUUACUCUAUUUCAUUCAUAUGGGAAAACUCCAACUGCAAUGCAGUGAACGUUUUAUUUGAGAAUCUACAGCAACUGAUAAAAAAUACUGGAAGUUACACAAACCAUCAAGUAGCCUUUUGCCAAGAUACAGAGGCCUGGCAACAUAGUACUGCUGCUGCUGCUAUGGACUUUUGUGUGCUGAUCUCUCAAGGAUAGCUGAUGAUCAAUCACUUCUAAUGAAAGGGCUGAAAAGUACAAGGUUGUGAGAAAAUGCUCAAUUGAAACUGUUUAAUUCCCUUUGUGCAUUUUUGAUGUCAUACGUCCAUUAUUAACGCUUUCUUGUAAUUUAAUGUGCUAAAGUAGAGACUGAUGAGGUCAAAAGCUUCCCACUUUAUCAACAUCCCCCCCCCUCUUAACAUGUAUGCAUGCUGAUCAUUCAGUUUUAUGAGCUGCUUUCCGCCCUUAGAUUGAAGGUUUUGAUGAGUAUGUGCUUGAUCCUGUAAAGAAGUACACUCUUCUUUGUGAUCUUCCGCUGCCCCUUAGAAGCAGAAUUACUGAACAUAGGUAAGCCAGUAAGAUAAUAUUUUAACAGUCAUCUGAACUGAGGCCCCAUUGAAGGAAUAAGCAUUAUAUAAUACGGAUUUUUUGCAGAAACUACUAAACAGACGACUACUGGACUGUGAAGCUAAUGUUUUGUUUUGUUUUCCAUUUUGUAGGAAAGUGAAAUCAGCUCCACUGGAUUUACUGGUUGUAAUGGCUCAGAUGGGUUUAAUUACCCCUUCUCUACCAUUUCCAGUCUCUCACAGAGAUGUAUGUAAUGAUUACGAUUGUUUCAGCACUUUAGUAUUUAAAGACAAAAUCCUCCAUUUUCAUUUCAGUGUUGCAAUAAUUACAAUCUAAAUGAAAACACACUUUCUGUUGUUCUACCAAACUUUCGUUUUGUUGUGGGUUUUUAUCUUCUUUCAGAUAAAGCUGUUUUUAAACAAAGGUGUUAAACUGCUGGACACAUCAGUAUGUCAGCCUGGCUGGUACACUGCUCGCCCACCAGAUGGUACGACAUCUUUUGCUGUACGUACCCAUAUGUUCACAAGCAUGGCUGCUCUACGGAGUUAUUGGAGUGACCUCAAAUGUGUCUGUCUCAACACUCCUUUGGGUAAGUGGAAAAGAUAUUGAUUACAAAUUAAUCAUUUAAGGCUUUCAAACAGCAGUGUGGAUUAAUUCUUGCCCCCUCCCUCCAGGCCCCACCCACCUCAUUCGAGUUAAAAUGAUUUGAUUUGGUUUUUAUUUAAUGGCUGUUUUCUCUGCAUUUGUAUCCUUCCCCGUUUUCUAACAUUAAACCUCGAGUCUUCAACUUUUUUAGGUUCAGUCAGUUUCACUUGAAAGUAAACAGUUGAUAUAAAUUAAAUUCCAGUUGAGACAACCAACUUUUCUGCAUACUCUGUAUACUACAGUCAAUUUGUUUGUUCGUACAUUAACAUUUUCAGGAGUAGCUCGUAAUCUGGAAGAGAAAGACAUUGAAGGUCGUAGAAAUACAAAACUAGUUUCCCUUGCUAAGAAGGAGGUCGAUGAAAACAGGGUUGAUCUUCCACCUGGAGACCAACUUGGUGCCGGAGGGCUUGACCGUCGUCUGUUUGCCUACUUACCAAAGAACUGGGCACGCCUUGUCACCUCUCUUGCACUGCAGAAAGCAGUCCAAGAGAAAGAAAGGUCAGUUAAUUGAUAAGUUUGCCUGUUGUAUAAAAUAGCGUUCCAGUUUAAGUUGGUUUAUUUUUAGUUCGACAGUGUGAUGCACUGUCUUUAACUUUGCACCCCUCGAAAAGUUUCCUCCAAACCAAAUUUGAGUCAUACGUGACAUUGAAGUAACUUAAUCUCUGGCACUUUUGGUAUACUGUUGACCCGGUGUUGAUACAUUUCUAUAUAUAUAAUUAGGACGUCAUUAUCGGCACCAUCCGUUAUCCCUGUAGCAAAGACAGGUGUGGAUACCACAAACAAGUCUGGCAGUAUUCGCGGUCCUGACCAGGGGAAGAAAAAGUCGUUUUUGAGCCUGGGAAGAGCAGAGAUGAAGAAAAAGGCAAAGCAGCAGAAAAAGAAAGUUUCGCGUAAACGAAAAGCCGAAGGUAGGUUGAUUUAGACUGUACUGACAUGCUUACAACGUAUUUAUUCCUUUGAUACAUAAAGGAACAAAAUGUUAAGUUGCUGCUGUGCACUAUAAUGAACAAAGAUGUAGUUAGCCUGUAAUUAAAAUGACUUAUCGUGUUGUACCUACCUACCUACCUUGGCAAGCAAGUCAGGCAACGUGUAAUCUAGAUAAAUAGGUUCUUGUACGAAAUAAUAGUUUUUUACAGUCAUAUAAUAUUAAUAUGAAUGUCCACAUCUUGAAGGUCACUGUGUUUUUUUAUAAUUGCAGAUGCGCAAAAAUCUGAAGGAGUGAAAAAAAUCCGAACUAAUAAAGCGAAAACGUCUGAGAAAAAGAAAGAUCGUAACACACAUGUCAGUAAGUAUAAAGCAUGGUAACUUAAUUUCGUCCACGGAACAAAAAGGGCUUAAUGGUGUCUUAAACUUAGAAUAAUCGCAAAUUGUAUCUUAUGUUUGCAAGAAAGUGAUGCAAUGAACGAACUAUGAAAAUUGAUUUAUUUUUCACUCACAUGUAGUGAGGUAAGAGAGUAAGUGCAAAGCGAAUUUCAGUUGACUGCAGACUUUGUAUCAGUUUUGUUUCAAUAUACACUCCAUAUUGCCUCAGUUUUGGACUCGCAGCAUUCUAGUAUCAGAUCUCAGAGUAACAUAUCUCACCAAAGCUGUGUGUGUGUCGCUGUUUAAAUAAAAGAGGGUCAUUUUUCCUUUGUCUUGUUUUUCUCUUUUUGUACCUUCAUUAGCUGCUGUUGAUGAAGAAGACAAGAAUAUUUUGGCAAGGAAAACUUGUGAAAGAAUCCAGUUUUCAGCCGAGGAGGACAGUUGGGUAAAUUAACGUUUUCACCUCGUAUAUAAUAAUCUUUAAAAAGGAUAUUACAAAUUUGGGCUUCCACAAAAAUUAAGUACAAACAACGGCAAUUUGCACAUUACUACAAAGAAGGUAUAAAACGGAACUAAAAAUUCGACAUAAUCAUUGUCGGGUUACCAACGCUAAGGGCGGUCAACCAUUAUGGCGUACCUCUGCCGGCGCGAAGGUAGACACACCACGAGUCAUUAAUGAACACCGCUGAGAAAAGGGCUGCUAGACUCAUUCAAAAUGGGACACUUUGGCAUGGAACUGUUAAGGUUAGCCUCUUGCAUAACUCAGGCACAGGCGACACUUCGUUAUUGUAAACAUUCUCAGCCGAGAAACCAUCUUCAAUCAUGCAACUCCUUCUUAGCAAAUUUAAAACGUACACACGAAUGCCGUGUCCCAAACGUAUGUGAAUUUCACACGAAUGAUUCCUUUAUAGUCUGAUAUGAUUUUCCCUUUCGUUUUUGAUGAUAUGUAGUUACUGCUGUUCCAUAUUGCUCUUGGAAUCAUGAAGAAAGAAUCGACUGGUUUUGGUCCAUCUGUUUAUAUGAGAAACAUUUUACACAAACAGUGUGCGGUAGGUAAAUAUGAGAAGACAAGGCGUGUCAUUCUUAAGUCGGAGGCGCCAGCGGCUGCUACUAUCAGUUAGACUUUUGUUUACCUAAUUUACCUACAUUCCCUUCCUUGCCCUUCGAAGUGACUGUAACAAAGGAUGAACGGAAUAGACGGACGGAGUAAAAAGGUUAUGUUAAGGUCUACGCUAUACCGGAUAACUUAUCAUGCCGGCAUACUAUGACCACUUGUUCACACUGCGCUGCCCUCACCUAUCCCGGCGAUAUGUGACGCCGAUCCACUUUUAAGAUGGGCGCGGCGCAGCCUCGCUCUGUUAUAAUCAUGAAGCCCAGUCAUCCGAAAUGGUUUUCUUAUCGGCGCAAAAGCUCAGUAUCCGGUAUAGUGUAGAGGUAGCCUAACUGAUUUUUGAGGCCCACAUGUUAUCCUAGUAUCCUUGGCGGCAUGUUAAUUACUGAUUUGAAGAUUUAGAAUUGUUGUAUUUUCCACUAAGUAAGUUCAAUAAUUCAGUACCGGCCAUCGUUGGUCUAACAGUAGGAAAUGGUUCGGUAAUCUCCCAUGACUUGCAAGUUGGUGCGUGUUUUCCUUUUGACGUAGAUGUAAUUCCAUUGCAAAAAAAAAAGAAAGAAAAACGUAGAAACCUAUACCCUAACCAUUCAGAUCAAAUGUCGUAUUUUAAGUGCUGUGAAUUUCUAGUUUAGUAACUUGAAAACAUAAGGGACAUGGGCUGUUCAAAAGGCAAAAUACAAGAUCACUAAUAGGAGGAAUUUAAGAGUGUGAAAUUUGGAGAUUUUUCAAUCUUGUCUCACUCGCUCCUGUCUCGCUCUAUGAGGCUACCAAACAUGUGCCAUUUACCUGGUGCAAGGACCAGUCAUUUAUUCAACCUGAUUUUAUCUUUGUUGUUUUGUAGGCAAGUUUUGAUAAAACAGCUCCCAAUAUUCAUCGCAGGAUUUUGAAACUGAUGAAGUAUCCUCAGUCGCAAAUGACUGUUAAAGUUUGUUCUGUGGAAUGUGCUCAUGAUAAGGUGCGCCUCCGGAAUGUAUUACAGUAUUUCUAUUUAUAUGCUCAAUUGAGAUUACGAGUCGGUUCGGGGCGUCUGUUAAUGCAACUUAGCCGGCAAUUGGUAAAAUAAGCGUCAAUGGCACACCAUGAAAAAAGUAUUUUUGAACUUUUUUGUCAUUGAUGGGAUGUUGUUUGAGGCUUAAAACGUUAAACUUAGUACCAGGUGAAACAGCAUCUAUAUGUUGAUUUUUUUUCUUUACUGAUUUAUCUCCAUUGUCUUAUUUAAAAUGUUGUGGAACUGUUCAUACGUUUUCAAGUUACAGUCUAGUUUGUUUUUCUCUACCAGCACAAUAUUGUGUCUUAUCACUCUCAAGCGAUGUGUUUUGCUUCUCUUCUGCAGUCAUUCCAAGGAUUUGACGAUCCAAAUGCUGAUUUUGAAAAGACAUUUAAAGAAGUAGUUAAGAGGUUAAGGCAGAAGUUCAGGUUAGUUUGUUACCUUCCCGGCUCCACAAUAUACUAUGCAGUUGUUCAGUCUAGCUGUGCAGGCACACUUCAGACAGAGUAGCACCGACUUUUGUCGUAUGAAUAUCGCAAUCUCUCAAGAUCUCUUGUGUGUGGCUAAAUAAUUUUCGCGCCUUUAUGUUACUCAAUAAUGCAACUGGCUCACAUUUUUAGAGACCUGUACAGGGUGAAAGGAAAGUCAGUUUUACAGCCUGCCAUUCGGGCAAGCUGUAGCUAAAAUGUACUAGCCCACAAGUCAUUUCAACUAGCCCCAAAACCCUUUUUGAUUAGCAGGAUUGACUUCCAUCCUUCUGUAAUUUGAAUUUCCCCGAAAAAUUCACUUGCCCGUCGGACAAGUUAAGAACAGAAUUCACUAGCCCGAAAGCAAAAUCCACUAGCCCCGGGCUGUCGGACACGACUUUCUUUGCACGCUGCCUGUAGCUACAUUUUCUUUAGUAAACAAUUUCAUGGUAAAUAAUCUACCAAAAGAGUUUUAAAAGUCUCUGCCAUAAGUUCUAAAUUCUUCGUACUUAUGGUUCCUUUUUCCUUCAUUUUUUUUUUUUUUUUUGCUAUCCUGAUACAGCACUUCAAGUUUGUCUUGGGAUGGAGAUGGCACGUUAGUUGCGUCGAUAAAAGAGCUUCAUGACAAGUACAAAGUUAAACCACUGGUUUCUAAGGAUGUAAGUUUUACUCUUGGAUUUAGCUGAAGAGUAACAUAAACCAAUGAAUGUAUUUUCAAGGAAAACAGUUGUUGUCAAAUUUAGUUAUAAAUGUAAUGUGCCACUUGUUGACAAAUUUAAACCAAUUUAGUGACCACCUCGUUUCCAAAGGAUCAUUUAGCUUUCAGGUUUUGACCAUUCUCGUAUCCCGAGGCCGCCAUCCUUUUGAUCAUGAUUCGAGUUGCGUUUACGUUGCUGACCAAAAGAAAGGCGAGCUCUGUGAACAAGAGUUUUUCUUUUACUGAGUCUGGUGCGCGUGCCUAGUUUUAUACCCAUAUCCAAUCAUCAAUUGACGAGCGGCUUGUGGUGGAACUAAGCUUUAUUUGCUUGUUUUGUUUCAGGAAUGUCUGUCAAUGAGUUCUGUGAUCAAGACUGUCAGUGAUAUUAAUAAAGCAGCUCUGAGGGAUCAGAUACAGGUUUGUAAACUAAGGCUGUUGUCCGCCAAAUAGAGCGGUCAUUUUCCUUUUUGUUUUCCCUUCUAGGUCUUUGUUUUCGGCUGGUAGGUUUUUGUUUUUGAUUUUAUAGACACCCAUUUUUGUGCGUAUAACUACUUGUUAUCUGUCUGCAGGUCGUGGCAUUUCAGGUGGUCUAAAUUAAGCCCCUAAAAGGAAAGAGGCGGAAGUGCUGCUAAUCAACGUGCUUGAUUGUUCUCUACAGAUUGCUUUAACAACACCCCGAGAAAUAUACGAUGCUUACAGAGUGUUCCAAAUGUUUAACUCUUUUACUAAGGUAAGCUUCUUUGUUAUUUUUCAGUCGCUGUCAGUGUCUACUAUUGAUCACUUUCACGGCUCUUAUUUGGGUUGUUCCUAUCCGUUCUAUUUCACCCUGUUACAUGGUGCAUCUACUAAAUCCUGGUUUAUCUUGCUGCUGCUCUUGGCGUAUCUGGCGUUUAAAUGUGGAGCUACGGUAAUGGAGUCCAGACAGACGGCCUCAAGACCCAAGGGCCCGGAUAAUUCGUUCAAAAAAUGCCCUGCAGCUCCUCCCGCUCCCGCUACCCCUUGGGCUGGAUCUGCCACUGCAUGGUGUCAUAUGAAUUAACAAAGCAUUAAGAAAAGCAAUAAUAAUAAUAAUAAUAAUAAUAAUAAUAAUAAUAAUAGUACUAAUGAAGCUGGUGCAUUUUUAGGUCCAUUUAAUGGCUCAUAGUUUUUGUCGUUAUGACUUUGCUUGCUAGCUAUGUUACACUUAUCUCGUUACACUGAUUGGUUUAACCCAGGCUACUGUUGCUUACCUAUAACAUGCAAUUAAAACUGUAACACCGAGUUAUUCCCCAUUCACGUUUCAGGUUAUGAUAAGUUUAAGAUUGCCUUUUCUUCCAACAACACUGUAAUUUUCAAAGUAGCUCACCAACGUAAUCCGUGCAUGUUAUUCCUUAGGAAGAACUUACUGAUGUGUUUAAAGAGAUGCAGAAAAACAACCUGGUCAGGAGAAGGGUAGGUUCAGUUUCUAAGUGCAAGAGUCACGCUUCCCUAACGGGUUCUCCGUUCAACAUUCAAUCCUUUUUUGCGUUCUCUUUUGGUUGUGUUUGCUUAUCGGAGGUGAAACGAAGGUUGAGUUUUAGUUACAAUACAGUUUUACCUUCCAAAGCCUAUUACAAGUUUUUGGACUGGAUAAGUGGUGAGAUGAUGACCCUGAGUAUGUUGUUGUCAUGAAGGUUUGAAUGAAUAAUUGAAUGAAUGAUUUAUUUAAUGUCGAAGACGUGGGAAGUGUUUGCACAAUCUUCCGAGCCAGAGGCUCAUGUUAAAAACGCUCGACAAACUAAAAAAUACAAAUCAAGGUAAAAUGUGAAUUAUGCAUAUACAGAUAUUAAGAAAAACCUAAAAACAUCGUAAUUUUGGGAAAAUUUUUUAAGAAACUAUUUUCUAAAAAAAAAAACCUAAGAACAUGCAUUAAAAAAAGUUUAAAACGGACUAAUCGUCAUAAAUUGAUUAAAAUAAUAAAAAGUAUAAUUAGAUAUGAUUAUAUAUCUAAGAGUAUGUAAAAAUGUAAACAUAGAUAAAGUUAUAUACAGUUCAUACACUGGCACCCUGUGAAAUUGACAUUAUUCAUCUCUGACGCACUGUAUGUAUUGUUUGUUUCUCGCUAUUCCUGUACAGAAAACAAUCGAGGAUCCUCAGAGCAGCAGUCAGUUUUCUAGGUCCCUUCCUUUUGCUUCAAUGACUUACCAGCUCAGCCCUCUGUAAGUUGCUCUCGGCUGUUUCUUGUUUUUUGUGUUACUGUAAACGAGAACAUGAGCCGUCUAUUGUCAACAAGAACAGAUUACUGCAGAAUACAUCAGUGCACAAAGUGUUCCCUGGCGCGUACAGGGGGAACCUGAACGGAUUUACACAUUACACCAUCUGUCUGCAAAGUUCUCUAACAACCAAAAAAAGGAACUCUUAUUUCUCGAGAGAAAACAGUUAAUGUGGGUUCAUUUACAUUUUGAUAGUGUUAAGUAGGACGAUGUAUGUCACACUUAAUACCUAGAGAGCCUGCCAUAAUACAUUUGACCAGAAAUCAUCAUUGUUUUGCAAUUUACAAUUAACUGUUCUACUCAGGUAUCACCGUCUGUUCUUACAAGCUUUCAAGUUGGUUACAUUGCACAAAGAUUGUGCAAAGUUCUGGACUCGGCUUGUGAAAGGAGAGCAACAGCUAUCACAGCCUAGCAACACAGCUACUGAUAGCUGCCCAGGCUCCUUAGAAGUGAACUCUAAGAAUACUUGUGGUGGAGACGUGGCUUGUUUUCUCUCUCUUCUGGCAACAAACAAGGUCAGGAAAUGUUUUGAUACCUGAAAGGAUUUAUCUCCAAAUCAUCACUUAUUGUUCGCUUCUUAAAAUAUCAAACUAAUCUCAAAAGUAGUAGUGGGCCUUGCCUCUUUGAAUAUGUGAUGUGCACCAGCGCAGCACAGAACUUCAUGUUUGCAUAGCUGAGGCUUUAGUGAUUGGGCCGGGCGCGAUCAGGCAGCCUUAGGAGUCAAUGAAGAUUCAAGUGAUAUCGGUAUAACGCAGUAAUAUGCUGAUGCCAUACGUUGAAAUGAUGAAUAGGAAACAUAUAGAACGUUUUUUUUUUUGUAUUUCACGUACGAUCCAAGAAUGUAGAAUGGUUCAAUGGCAAACGUAUUAGAUAACUUGGGAUUUUUUAUUUUGCUUUUCGGUUUUAACAAAUCAUCAUUGAUGAGAACAGAUUUUUAUCUCAUUUAAACUCAGGUGUAUGUUGAGAUGAACAUUCCUGAUACCAUCCUCAACAUGGAUGCGUCAGGAUGUAACACGAAUGUACAGCAACAAGCAGAUGAGGACACAGUUGAAGUGAGUGCGCCCAGCAUUAUAACACUUGUCGCUUAUUCGUAACUUUUCUCUCAGCAGUUGUGUUUGCCACAGCUUUUCAGUCAGGGUGAUAAAAUUCUUUUUAUUGAAGACAAGAACAUCAUUUUCCUAUUUGUAAUUGUGUUUUAUAUUACUUCAUUGCCAGGUAUCAGCUGAGGCGACUAAUAGGGAGAAUGGUGAUGUAUCACUGCAGAAGAGAAAUAACACAGAUCCUUGUCAAGUACCAAAACAAAAUAAACCAGGUGCUGAUCAUGUGUCUCCAUCCACUGUCACCUCACCACAGAGCGGGGAGAGUGGUGGAACAUCUCAGACAACUUCAUCAGUGAUGAAUAAAGGCCCGGAUUCAGUAACUCAGUCGUAUGUUAUCACAGAAUCCCCCGAAAGAACUGACUCUGGUCCAUCAACACCAGUGAAGGAAAAACCAGAUAAACGUAAACUUUUAACCUUGAGUGUACCUUCCUCAACAGUGGCAAGAUUCACCAGUCCUUACGAUCUUGCAUCUGCGAAGGAAAGUGGUGACUUUCUGAAAUGUUGCCCUGAGACUUGUGACGUGGAACUCAACACUUCUGAAGUCAGAAAAGUAACUACGGUUCCAGUCGCAUCUCUAACAUACAACAGCUUCACAUCCCGAUCAUCUAGAACAGCCCUAAUGUUAGCAAGGGGCGGUAAGGAUCCCUAUGUAUCUAUUAACCAGCUGCCAGCCAGGCCUUUCAAUACACACGACUUUAUGACUUUAUAUCACAUCAAAAAUGUUGUUAGAUUAAAAGAUGACAGUGAUGGAAAAGUGCAAAAUGAAGCUGACGCAGAAAGAAUUACAAGUUCUGAUAAAGAGCCUGGACGAGGAGUUAGAGUAACAUCAAGCAAAGUGACAAGUUUAGGGAAAACAGCUCCGUUGAGUCAAGACGCAGUUAAUGAUGCUGUCACUUCACCUGUUAUUGUCACCAAGAGUGAAUCAAUAGAAGAGUAUUUGCUUCGGAUGAAAACGGGGUUGGUUUUUAGUGAAGUGGAUACUGCUUUGUCCAGAGAUAUUCACCAUCUUGUUGACGAGCGCAGAGAGUUUGGUUUUCCUGUGGUUCAGUUACAGGUAGGUCAUUAGGACCUGAGGCAUGUCUCAGUUCAGUCUCGCUGAACAUCAAAAGCUGGUUUUUUUUUUAAUUAAUUGACCUUGAUUUGUUUGAUGUUGUAGGAAAAAUUCUAUAAGAGCCAUGAGCAAGACUUAAAAUCAUCACAGUACUCAUUAGAUGAACAUGUACAGUUCUUGUGUGCAGCUAAACAGGUACCUGAAACACUAGACUUACUGAAACGUGGAUGAAAAUUUUUUUUUUUUAAUAGCGUGUGCACAACCUUCUGAGCCAUGAGGCUCAUCUUAAAAACUUUCGACACGCUGGUGUUAUACGGAAACUAUGAUACAUAAAAGUGAGCCUUUACAAAUAAUCCUAUAAUCAUUUUUAAAAAAUCUUUGCCAUGUUUCAGAUGUACAAAGUCGGCUUUUAUGAGAUUUGUCUGGUUACUUCAAGCUUCGUGAAGCCGUGGUGUGUAACGUUACUCAAGGUAAAAAAUUUUUUACGUUAUUUUCUUCUUUGUUCCUUGUUUUUUUGUAACCCUCCAACUUUUUCCGUCCUUCCGUUUCGGUGCCACAAAUGGCGCGAAGAAUUUAGUUUAGUUUCCGGCAGUGAAUCGGACAAAUAUUCAGUGUUUUCAGGCAAAUCGCUCAUUGUUGCAGUAAAAAAUGUCCAAAACCAUUAAGCACUACCAAUCCAAUCAUCCAAUCGCGGCGGUGUCAACUUUGGUUUAUACCGUCACCUUUUCCUUCUGCUAUCAUUUUCCUAAAAUUGGUGUUUGUAAAUAUGUAAAUGGAACAAAUUUGUUUAAUAAUUAUCGUCUUUAUUUGUAUUUUAUUUAGCCCAAAAGCAGUUCCAAAGAAGCCCCAAGCGUGAUAGAUGUUGAGUCAUCAAACAGCAACGACGAAGAGGCGGGUGAUAUUACGUCAUACGAAGAAAAAACAGAAGUUAUUGGACAGGAUAAUACUGGUUUGGAAAUAACAGGAAUUAUCACAGAAGAUGCAAACACGUGUGAGGGAGACCAGCCGCCUGCUAAUCCACAGCUUAGUACGGAAUGCAGUGCGUCGCCUUCAAUUGAUUCGAAAGGAGCUGAUGGAGAUAACGAUGACAAUACAAAAGACGAGAAUGAAACAACCAGUUUGUCCUUUGAUCCAGUGGCUGGUUUAUUAUCCAAACAGACGGAAACGUCAGGAGUGCAAAAGAAGAAAUCCAAAGAUAGGUUAGUAGCAACUAUACAUAUCGAUCAACGCAAGGAUACAGCUCAGUUUAAAUACUCAUCCGAGUCGCUGAACAGUAAACGAAAAAAGCUCGUGGAGAAGAGGUCCAUACAGAUUUUCGUUCGAGGGUUACACAGACACCUUUCACCCAUACCUACAAUAAAAACCUAGUGAAAAGCAUGAAGGAUUCGAUCAUUAGCCGUCGCAGAAGCAAUUGGCGAUUAUGAAUGGUUUGAAGAGGAGAAGAAAAUAAGCGCCAGGGCUCGAUAGGACUGCGUAGUUAAGACAUCGUAUUGGUAGCCACGCCAGACCCCUUUUCCAGCCUUUCGUUUGUUUUUCCAGGCUAUCCUGUAUUGAUUUAUACGCAAGACACGGAACGCGUGUCGUGUCGUGUCGGUGGCUAGUGGUGGGUAUUUACCUCGUAGCUAACGCGGCCUCGGCAAAUAACCACCACUAGCCACCUCCACGUCGGUGAAUAAUUUUUAUUUAUGUGUAUCAUAUUUAGCCUUUCUGACCUCGUUUGAAAGUAAGAAUUCUUUUGUAUUUUGCAAAUGCUAUCAUACAUAUUUAACAAUUAUUCCACGAGUGCGCGUUGGAUAUGAGAUGGUAGAUACGCGCCUCAUCUCAUAUCCGCCAAGCGCGAGUAGACGAGUACAGUUACCACAUUUGCUGAGCACGGUUAUAAUGGCUCAUAUGUCAUGAUGGCUAAGCCAGUCAGAGCUCUAGAAUUGCAUUAUCCAAUGAUUCAGUUUUUAAUAAAAAAGAAUAUAUUAACAGGCGGCCAUUAUAACAGAGGUCUAUACUUGACUGGGAAAAAGCUUGAUAAUUGAUAUUCAAUAUGUUGCAGGAACUUUGACCGCUACUCAGUGGUUUGUCGUCCGUGGAUCACAAUUGAUGGCACCUCAAGUAAGCACUUACUGCGCAUGUUCAGGGAAAUGGUACUUAUGUUAAUUCUGGACAAUCCCGGCAUUCCAGAGGUGAGUGGUAUGAGCAGCGUGCAAACAACGGUGAAACUGAUCGGUUCCUAACGUGAAACAUUCGUCUCCUGCACUGAUGCGAUUACUUCAGCAUGAUAAGAUUGUCAUUUCUCCAGGUGCAUUUAUCUCACUGGUUACGUCUGUUGAUUAUCCAACAUCGCCACAGCCCCAGCCCUUACACUUUCAUGUCUGUCCACCAAUCGUAACUUCCAUGCUAAUAUUAUCUGGAUCUCCAAACCUACUGCCUGGGUCCAGAAUGCUCUUUCAGUGUCCGACCCUUAAGGUCUCAUGGGUUUCUUGUCAUGGUUUCCUUCUCUUGGAUGGUUGCCAGGGCUACGAAGUGAUUAGACCAACGAUUCAAUAAUCAAAAGUUGAAAUUUUUCUCUUGUCAGGCUACUUUCUCUCUUUAUGUUUCACGGCAAAUCCCUGCGUAGUCCCUAGGCCUCAUUUUUCCGCGCUGCCUGUGCGUUUCGAAAUGUAUUGACCGAAAAGGCCUGGGAAUACACCGUACAGUUGGGUGGAAGUGGACUGAAGGAGUCACUCGUUUGAAUAUUUUUUAAUAGUACUUGAGAUAUUUGUGUAGUCAUGUCUCGCCUGUUAUUACACUGUAACGAUUUUCCAUUUUGGUUAAUGACUAUCAACUUUUGCGUUGUCGCAUUCCAAUUUUUUUGUUCGCGAUGAUCGAUGUGUAAAAAAUAGAUAGUGAACUGGGGCCCAUUUCUCAAAAUGCCCGCUGACUUUUCGGGCCCGAGGGCAAAUUUUAAAAUCAAACCUGUUGAAUAGUAGCACAGUUCCUAGCCUACAAACCAGUCAGUUUUGCUUUGUUAAGUUAACUAAUAGUUUCAUUUAAUCAUUACUCUGUUCUUGAAUGCAAACUUGGCAAAAAUUAAACAGCUUUCCGGGCCCGGAAAGUUACAGGGACUUUCAAGAAACGGGCCCCUGGUCUCCAAACAUCUCUUAAAAUACAAAAAAUUGAGUUCUGCAAAAUAUCACCAUUCCAAGAUCGCGAAAUUAGGGCCAACAAAGCAGCACAUCCGGGUGAUCGAGCAAGUGACGUAAAAUCUAAUCUAAACUGUAAACCAGCAGGAAAAGGAAGAGAGCUCGUGUAGUUGCAGCCUCUAGCUGGCAUAUUCUCCUCUUCCCCCUUAGGUAGUUAUAGGUCGCACCUUUAUCAGUUUUGUGUUCUUGGUAUGUACAGGGUCAAAUUGCUAAACAUGUGUUUGAAGCACUACGGCCUGCGGCAUUACAGGAUAUCCUCCAGGUAAUUUAGUCACCUCAUCCUACUCAACAAGGUAUUGUUUGUAAGUGAACCAAGUACUCUAAAGAACAAUGCAAAUUCUGACUGUCUGUAGUAAUUGUCGUAAAUUACGUUCAACGUGGUCACAGUUUUGGUCAUCACAUUCUCCCCAACAUGUCGAGGAGCCUUCCUUGAAGUUCUCUUUAUACUUAUAAGAGUUUGCGGAAGAAGUAUCAGUCUCUUCACUCAGCCUGCGCUCAGUGCAGUGCCGAGUGUCACAAUUUUUUAACUGUUCUAUAUUAUGUUUAUUGUUGUAAUACCCACUUCAUGAUGAGCAGCAGCAUUAUUCAUCUAAACUGUGUCUGAUUGAUCUUCAACAUCCCUUUUUUGUAUCUUAGAGUCUUGUUCAGGAUGGCUGCAUCGUUAAACACCUAAAGCAAGUGCCACCAAAGAUGGCUCUUUUCAGUCCGUCGAAACGGCAAGGUAAGCUGAGGCUUUGAAUAGUUAUACAUCGGAUAAGCGGAGCUCCACGCGCGCGCCAUCUAUCCAUUUGCUUGGUGGUCACGUGACUGCACGUCCUUCCACCCGUCCGUCCGUACCUCAGGGCAACCAAUGUGAAAUCUCACACUUUCUUGCUCUUGUGGGAGGUUGCAACCUGAUGUACACCAACGCUGUGGUCAAUUGACAGCUGUCAAAACAGGGUAUCCGCUGUCCAGUAUUACAUGAUUGAUCGUGGGCUCAGGUGUCGACUUAUCGUUGUUGGGUGUUUCUUUUUAAGUUAUUUAAGUUACUAGUUUUCAAAUGAUCGCAGGCUCAACUCCAAGUGGAUUUCUUUGCAAGUUUGUUUGAAAUGAAUUAUGAAUUUAUUAACGGGACCGGAAGCUCCUAGCCCGUUGGCUUAAUCUGCAUAUUAAUCACAUUAUUAAUUAGCAAUCUUCUUACUAUAGCUAACGUUUGGGAUUAUUACUUUAUUACUUUACAGAGCCAACUACAACAAUGGCUUACUACACGCCAACAGUUAACUGCAUUUUUAACUUGGCGACAAGCAGAAAGACAGGCUAUACGUGAUGUCAACCGGCUCCCGUAUAUUGACUUCGUAGAGUGAGCCAAGACAGGCAUUGCUGUGUGCAAGGCCGACAUACUUUUUGAGAUGAUAAAAACAUGUUUUAAUAAUUGUCAGAUUUUAGUUACAGAGAG